AUGGCCGCCGCCGUGAGGAAUAGCGCGUGGCUUGCUCCGGGACAGGACGCGCCCCGGCUGACAGCUGACGGCCGGAGGGCUCAGGAUCACGGACAAGUCCUCAGGGAUGCCGUCCCGGAAGCUUCCUGUUUCCACGGUUAUGAUUUGACUAAAUCAGUGAUGGACAACUACUUGUGUCUGCACCCACAGGACGUGGUCGGUUCUAAAAUGCUGUCCAGGGACGGCGCCCUCAUGCCGGAUCCGCCUUUUACGGAGGACCUGGCCUCCCCGUACAGCGUCAACAUGAGCUUGCUCCUUCCCGACGUCGCGUACCUGCAGCCGGGCCUCUGCAGGACCACCAGGCCGAUCAAGACGGAGCCCUCCCACCCCCAGGUGCACCCCAGCUGUCAGGUGGGUGGACUACAGCCUACAGUCUCUAACGACACGGCCAGCGGCGGGUUUUUCGUCAAACAGGAAGCGCCCGAUUUCCAGGACCUUCCCCAGUUCCAGCUUUUGAACUCGGAUUUCGAGCAGCUGGCUCACGAGUCGCCGAUGAGCUCCGUCCCCGUCGUUCACGCAAACCCGAUGCAGAGCGAAUGCUUCGGUUUUAACCAGCACCUGGGUCAGCAGCUCAGGUCCACCUACCUGCCGCCCUCCCCGCCCAACUCUGAGCCCUCCAGUCCGGACAGGAGCAAAGAGCUCUUCCACAACCUCUCCCCGCCUCCCCCAUACGAAGCCGUCGUGGCCUCCAAGUUCAUUUUCCAGACCUGCGACGCCACUCAAAGCCAAGACCGAGAUUACACCGCCGGGUUCGUCCAAAGUCCAGGUUCCAGGUCAGUCCGGCGUCCCGGUCAGACGUCGGUUGAGUUGGCCAUUGGCGCCGGGCCGCUGUCCCCCGGGAUGGCCCAGUCGGCCUCAGCGAAGUACAACCGGAGGAGUAACCCCGAUCUGGAAAGACGGAGGAUUCACCAUUGCGACGUCCCAGGUUGCAAGAAGGUGUACACCAAGUCCUCUCAUUUGAAGGCCCACCUGAGGACCCACACAGGGGAGAAGCCGUACCAGUGCUCCUGGGGGGGGGUGCGAGUGGCGCUUCGCCCGCUCCGACGAGCUGACGCGCCACUUCAGGAAACACACCGGCGCCAAGCCCUUCAAGUGCGGGGUGUGCAGCCGCUGCUUCUCCCGCUCCGAUCACCUGUCCCUUCACAUGAAGAGACACCAGAGCUAGAGGCCCCCCCGCCCCCCAAAAAAACCCAUCCGGUCGAUCCGCCAACAAAUAUCUGGCACAAAUGUUUCAAGUAAGAACUUUGAAUCGGGCUCUCCGAUUCAGUGGUGCCACGCUUGAAAGUGCAGGACCACCACUUUUCUUUUUCUUUUUUUUUUUUAAAUUGUGUUCAUAUUCAAUGUUAUUGUUGCCUUAGUUUACCUCCACACAAAUGGAUCACUAUUGGGGGAUAUUGUCAUAGUAAAACAAAAAACAACAAAGAAAAAAAAACAGCCAAGUGUAAUAAUUUAAGCUUUAUUUUCAUACAACCAUAAACAACCAUAGAUACUGAUUUUGUAUUUAAAACUUUCAUUGUAAAGUCAUAUUGCAAGAUAAAGUGAGAUACAAGCAUUUGCUUGAUGUACUGAAACAGCAAACUGUAUGUACGCUAUAAGCUGGAAAGGGGGCGGGGCUUUUGUCCACCUGUGUGGUGACCAGGUAGACAGUGAAUGUUCUAAAAGCUACCAGUUAGAAAAAAGUCAAAUACUGGGACGGGGGCUCUUUGAGACCAAUGUGGUGAGUGCAGUGAUCACUGCAUGACUUUAACACUGCCAGACGUAUGGGAAUACUUUGCCACAAAGACAAAAUUUCAAGAAGAAAAAAUCUAUAUUUUUUAAGAGUUUCACUCUAGCCUAAGGAAUCAUUUGGGUAAGAUGUGUUAAAGGAGUUCAUCUGGACAGCUCAACGCGUGUCCUUCUAUUCUGCUGCAUGUGUUAUUGAGUGUGCAGGAGCAGGUGACAAAUCAAAUUGCUGCCUUUUUUUUAUUAUUUCAGGGCCUGUAUAAUGCAAUAGUAACAUAAAACAUUUUUUUUUUGUUUUUUUAAUACACAUGUCUGUUAAGUUCAGCUUUACAGCAAUAUUGGAGCCAGUUGACAUUUACUUAAAAGAUUUUUAUGAUCAGGAUUAAGUUUUUUUGUUGUUUUUUUUUAUUUAGACUGAGUUGCUUUGACUGUUUUCAACACUGUGCCUUCGACUGCUUUUCUGGAUGAAUGAAAAAAACAAAAACAUAGCAGUCCCAAAGGGUUGGCUGCACCGCUCAGAUCUCCGUGUUCUCAGUUUGUGUGCUUAUUUAUUCCUGUUAAUUACUUCCAGUUCUAUUGAUUGAGCACUACAUUUGAAAGACCUUUUUUUUUUAAAUGCAAGAAGGGGUAUUUUCCUCCAGGAAGACUACAACUGUAUAAUACCUAUAGCAAUUUCUUUGACAUGACCAAAUUUAUUUAGAAUUUAAAGAUGGUUGAACAAAAAAGAUUUUUUAAAGUUUCAGUAAUUUAAGAUGUACAUAUUUUGUAUCGACUAUUUAGAAAUAAAAUCAGUUGAUUGUUUUGGGGUUUAAAAAAGUCCAAUUAGUUUUUUAAAAACUAGACUGUUUAUCUUUUUGCUAGUCCAUAAAGGAUCAAACUUCUAAUGUAGCAAUGUACACUCUUACUUUAUUUGACAAAGAAAGUACCUCAGUGCAUUAUAUGCCAGUGAGUCACUGUAAUACUGUUAAAUAUAUACACUUGUUUUACAAUGAUAUGUGUCAAAACUGAAAAUAAUUGUCUAAUCUAAACUGAUGUCAAAUUAAACCAUGCAAUUCUCU